CGGUGCGAUUGUCUUGUAUGAAGUAAAAGUACAUCAAAGGUGCCUGAGCUCAGAAUGCCAAUCACUACUCGCGUGAUUGUUUUCCCUCUUCCAUGGCAUCUAUCGUCUCAAGAAUAUAAUGAGUCGAACUUUUCUUUCACCUGAUUGAUUCUCACCUCUCAUAAAUUCACGUUUUAAGAUCCUGUCAACCCACUUUCUCCCUACUUUCUCCCUUCCACGUCCGCAACAACAACUUCUUCUCUCUCUCUAUCCCCGCCAUCUCCAUCAUGCCCGACAACCCUAACAGCGGCUCUGGAGACAAGCCCAAUCCAAGGAAGCGCCAUCGUAGCUCAGCCAAUGCCGCUGCGGCCGAGCCUACAAGUCCACCGCAAUCUCGCUCUCAGCCCUCGAAUCCACCAUACGUGCCUCAGUUUCCCCCUCCAGGAUAUGUUCAUCCUAAUUACACCCGUUCGCCCCAAUACAAUGUCAGGGAGGACUCUGCCACACUGAAGGCUCAAAUCUUGGGUUAUUUGAAUCCAUUCACGUCAUACGUAGCAUACAUCUGACAUCUUUCUCUAGCAAAUGCCGUCGCUCUUUAUGGCCGCCAAUACGGUUCUGCCUCAAACUUCGAUGUGGUUAUCGCCCGCGAUAGUAAGUCAAGACCCUCUGCGCAGCAUCCUCGCCGAGUUGGACCGGAACCUUUCUUCCCAGAAGAAAUUUCCGAUUCUCUCGCAUCUCUUUUCCCAUCAUCCUAUUCCAGAAGUCUCGCGUGCUGACUGAGUGAACCGCCAGUGACACAUCCGCCAGGAGAGGUCGCCGAGUACCGCUGUGCCCUCAUCGGGUAUAUCCACCCGAACUCCAAAGCGGUUUGGAGGCUCCUCAGCAAGUCAAACGCCUGUCUUAGCCUCGAGGAUGCCUUGCAUGAGGUGAACAGUUGGCUCCACCGCCAUAUGCAUAAGCUUUUGAGUGAGUUGCUUCUUCUUCUUCUUCUUCUUUCGCCCUUCUGCAUAGAACCAAAGCGCUAAUCAUACCAUCAAGUGGUGACCGAAAUUAACG